CUGGAAUCGGAAACUCAAUCACAAAACUUUUGGACCAUAAAACCCGUGUCAGAUCAGACAAUCGUCCCAAGUAUCGAAUGGUCUAUUGUUCUAGUUGAUUGUUAUUCGAAUUUUUGAAUGGGACUUCGUCUCCGUGGAAUCUAUUGUAUCUACAUAAGCGCCUCUAAGCCUUAUGAAACACUGAACACUUUGUGCACCACGUUCUAUAACAUUUACCAAGUUUCAACGCUUCCUUGACAGCCCAUAUCCACUUAUUGAAAUGGCUAAGGUUAGAGAGAUAUUGCAGCUCUCGACGAGCGCAAAAACAAUCCAGUCGCGCUUGGUACAUGGCUCCACUUCCUGCUGCCCCCAUCGCGCACGACUGACUACCAUGCCAAGGACUCACGCGUCGCUUAUAGCAAGGACCAGGAGGUGCUAUAGCGGCUCCGCAAACAACCACGCACCCACUAACAGAUCACAUCUAAUUUGGCUCUACUGCACGGUCGCAUUUGGCUCGGGUGUCGCUGGUAGCGUCCUCUUACUCUCGAGGCAGAGGAUUGCAGGGGGACCUAUUGCAGAUCAUGCUGCAGAACUCGCCCCGGAAACAUUGAGCGAUACAAUCACGAGACGUCUCAGCUCACAAGCCCGCAUCUAUACCGACAAGUCAGGUCCAGUCGCGGCUUGUCACCUGACUAAAAUUGCGUCAAACAGUCCUUGCGAGGACUACUGUGUCCGCGGGCAGCUUGAAUCGUCUGAGGGGCUGUUGGAGCAGCCCUGGUCUGCUUGGGCGGUAUAUGACGGCCACGUAGGCUCGCAAACGGCAGCACUCCUGACGAAAGUACUGUUUCCCGUUGUUGGGGACGCUCUUAGUCACUUGCCUCAUCACAGCACGGAUGAAACCGUGGAGAGAACUAUCAAAGAAGCAUUCGUAGCUCUGGAUGACGACAUUGUCAAAGGUGCCGCAAAAGCCGCGCUCAGUAAUGCUGCGCCUUAUCAUGAGCGCAUGGGAAAACUCACACCGGCCUACGCCGGCUCGUGCGCCCUUCUUUCUUUUCUGGAUCCGCGGACUUGGACGCUUAGGGUUGCUUGUGUAGGCGACUCUCGAGCUGUCCUUGGGUCACAAGACGCCGGUGGCAACUGGACCGCGACGGCUCUCUCAAUCGACCAGACCGGAAGUAAUGAGGUCGAGAUAGCGAGGAUCAAUGCCGAACAUCCGGGCGAAGGCGAUAUCGCUAAGGAUGGCCGUAUCCUAGGAAUCAUGGUCUCACGGGCUUUUGGAGACGGUCGAUGGAAGUGGGACGCUGAGACGCAGGAGGAGAUCAAGAAUAAGUACGAUGGUUUCAAACCGUUGGCGCCGGAAAAGUACGCGGUCACGACGCCACCAUACCUUACCGCCGAGCCGGUGGUUACGACAACGAAACUUGAUAAGGAGCGCUCUUCGUUUCUCAUCAUGGCAAGCGACGGUUUUUGGGACCGCGUCUCAAACGAACAAGCUGUGAACCUAGUUUCUUGUUGGCUUGAUUCUCGCGACGUUAACGGCAAGCUGAACAACCAGCAGUUCGGUACAUCUGUCACCCCCCAACCACAACACGAAAGAUUCCAGAUGGCAAAGCACCGCCAGGGUGAGCCGGGCUUCCUAUUCAGCCGGGAGCGUAGCACUUUGCAAGACGAGAACGCCGCGGUGCAUCUUGCGAGAAAUGCGCUCGGUGGUAAUUUCCAGGAAAUGGUUGCGGCAAACUUGCUGGUCGAUUCCCCGUUUUCAAGAUACGUGAGAGAUGACAUUACUAUACAAGUGAUUUUCUUUGAUCCGAAGAAGCGCUCUUAGGCCUGAUUGCAACAAUUGUAAGAGAAAAUUGGAUGCAAGACGUAUUUUAAAUCAUAGCUCUACAAUAUCUUGCAACGAUUAAUGCGACCAUGCCCCAAGUCAUCUCCGCCUGUUACUUCAGAAAUUUUGGCUUUGCGAGUUAUGGGAUGCCAGAACAGCUACGCUGAGGCGGCGGACGAUAGCAUCGUGGCUGAAUGGCGCUUUAGAAAGCAUUGUGUUUCUGUCAUUGUAUUUCCGACGACCUUGAGUUAUCCGAAUCCCUGGUAUAAUGCGGAUUGCUACGGAAGAUAUUCACUUCGCUUCGCACUAGCCAUAGAAAUGAUUGCGAAGGUGU